GCCUGGGCCACUGAGCCCUGGGCCCUGGGCCUGAGCCCUGGGCCCAGGCCACCAGGCCCUGGGCCUGGGCCCUGGGCCCCAGGCCCUGGGCCCUGGGCCACAGGCCCUGGGCCACAGGCCCUGGGCCCCAGGCCACAGGCCCUAGGCCCUGAGCCCUGGGCCACUGGGCCCUGGGCCCUGGGCCCUGGGCCACUGGGCCACAGGCCCUAG